UUUGAAUCUCGCGUACCUUUGGCAUUGUCGUUUGGGCCACAUUAACGAGAAACGCAUAUCUAAGUUACAUCGUUCUGGUGUACUUGAUUCAUUUGACUUCCAGUCAUAUGAUUAAGUUGGAGCCUAAAUAUGAUAAAGUAAUUUUUGUGGGAUACCCCAAGGAAACUAGAGGGUAUGAGUUCUAUCAUCCAUCCGAUAACAAAAUCUUUGUUGCUCGGAAUGGAACCUUCCUUGAGAAGGGGUUUCUUUCUGCUAUCACUAGUGGGAGAAAGGUAGACCUCGAAGAAAUUCGAGAACCACAAGAAGAAGUCCCGAUAGUGUUGGAACCUGAGCAAAGAGAUCAAGCAAUUGAACCUCAAAUUGCUCAAGAUAUACCACGUAGGUCAGACCGGAUACGUAAUCCUCCGGUCAGAUAUGGAUUUCUCAUGUCUGAUGAAGGU